AUGUCGUCUAGUCGUAGUACUCGAGGCCCGCUGGGCAGGACUUCUGCUCCACAUAAGGAGAGAAAGGAGUUUGAUGUUUUACUCCGAGAACUUGCAGAGAUAAUACCAUACGCCGAAAAAGGUAUUAUUUUCGCAACAGAAUCCGCAGUAGACUUAGAACAGGCCGAGGAACAAGAAGAGGUUAUACGUUUGGAUAAAGUGGUAAGAGAAUGCGUUGAUAUAGAACGGUCUUUAAAUUUUCAAAAAGAAGCGCUCGAGAAAAUUAAAACGAAAGUGGAAGCUGGACAAGAAGUUGAUCUUGUGGAAACCUUUAAAUCCUUAUAUGAUUCCGCUCUUGAAGAAUAUGAAAGCGCAACAGAAGAUGAAAAAUAUUUUGAAAAUAAUAGUUACAAAGAUUUCAGACAAAAGAUUUGGGAAGUCAAUCACCCGGACGAAGCAAUGCCUCCUCUGAAUGGAAACGAAGAUGAUGAGAUCGUGAUGGGAAAACAAAAAGAGUCAUUAUAUUGUCCAAUCACAACAUUGUUACUUGAAGAACCGGUCACAAGCAAAGUGUGUAAACACACAUUCUCCAAAGAUGCGAUAUUGCAAUUAAUAAGGCGUAACACAAACGUUGUUCCGUGCCCAAUGACUGGCUGUGAUAAGCAAAUUAUGGAACACGACCUUCAACCUAACAAGAGGAUUGAGCGAAAGGUCGCUCAAUACCGCGCGGAGUCGGAUGAUCCGAUGCAUGAUGUUGAGUAUACGAGUAUUAUUGAUUGA